AAAACCAGCUUAUUCAGGCACCUGAUAUUAGACGUACCCAUGCUGACUCCACCAAUCAUACAAGCCCUCAAGGAGUACUGCAUCAGUGAGAAUCAGAUAUACCUUGGUAUGACGAUAUUAAAGGAGAUGAUUGUUAAGAGGCCGUGUGUGAAGUUUCAAGUUCUCGACGUUCUGCUUGAUUUGACUGUCCAUGAGAAAACUGAGCUGAGACAAAACGCCAUAAGAACAGCAAAGAACCUCUAUGAGAAAGCUGAUCUUAAGGAUCGAAUUGAAGAGAGAGCAUUGAUGAGGCUGAAAGCGCUACUAAUGCCCACUCCUCCCCCGGAUCUCAUAAAAUUGGAUGCCACCACUAACAACGCAACUAACCAAUGGACUGAAGAAUCAAUCCGCCUCUCGCUUUAUCUCUAUCUCACCUUACUUCCUUCCGAGCAUCAACUCAUCCAUCAGCUAGCCAGCAUCUAUACUGCAUCCAGUAGUGAGAUAAAGAGGACUAUUUUGAGAGUGUUGGAGGGACCUGUGAAAGGCAUGGGUAUGGAUUCACCAGAACUCUUGCUAUUGGUUGAAAACUGUCCGAAGGGGGCGGAGACAUUAGUGACCAGAGUCAUUCAUAUACUCACUGAUAAGGCCAUGCCGUCAGUAGAAUUAGUGGAUAGAGUGAGAGAUUUGUACAAUAAAAGAGUAUCAGAUGUCAGGUUCCUUAUACCUGUCCUCAACGGUUUAUCCAAGAGUGAAGUAGUAACAGCACUACCAAGACUGAUCAAACUCAACCCCGUUGUAGUCAAAGAAGUGUUUAAUCGUCUGCUGGGAGUUAAUGGCCAAGAGAACAUGGGAAAUUCCCUGAACCCAAUUGAACUCUUGGUGACCUUACAUACGCUGGAUUCCAAUAAGGUCGAUAUGAAAACUAUCAUCAAAGCAUGCAACCUAUGCUUCGCUGAACGCUCUGUCUACACCCAAGACACCUUAGCCCUGGUCAUCCAGCAGCUCCUGGAUUUGAACCCCCUACCGACGCUUAUCAUGAGGACGGUCAUUCAGGCCCUGGCUACUUACCCCAGGCUAACUGGUUUCGUUAUCAAUAUCAUGCAAAGGUUGCUAACUAAACAGGUUUGGAAGAACAAGAAAGUUUGGGAGGGCUUUGUGAGGUGCUGCCAGAGGACCAAGCCUCAGUCGUUUCAGAUCCUCCUACAGCUGCAACCAGCUCAACUGAAAGACUCCUUCACCAUCUGCCCAGAUCUUCGAGAGGCCCUCCUCAGUCACAUCAUGUCAUUUAAUCCUCACCAGCGAGCGCACAUCCCUAAAUCAGUGAUGUCACUCAUUGAAAAACCCUUAGAAAAACCCACCGUCGUUACCUUAUCUACACAACCUAAUGUUAAUAGUGAUGUCGAAGCUAAGAAAUUUGUUAGUGAAGAUAGUGUUGGUGGUGCCAGUGGCCUAGAGAUCAAAGACGAACAAGCGGUCAAUUUGAACGCCGAUGAUCAUCAGAAAGUUGCGGAAGAUAGCAGUAGUAGCAGUGAUGUUACUAAGCAGACCAGUCCUUUGAUCAGUAUAACAUUACAGAAAAUGGCGGAAGGUCCCAAGUUGGUGCCAGAAGAGAACCUGGAGUCCUGUGGUGAUGGAAAAGAAGACACUCCGGAGAUUGUGUCACCAACAAAGUUAUAGAAAAUUAUUAUCGACUCUGUCUAUCAGUUGACCUCUUGGUCAAUUGACCUUUAAACCCUUGACCAAUUGACCUCUCUACUUAUUGAUAUAAACAAGGAAGAAAAAAAAUUUAAAUGUAUUCUGAAUAUAAAAUAAACAUUUGAUCAUUGUUAUUUCUUGUACAUUUAAAGUCAUUAUUUUGUAUGUACAUACCUGUUGUUAAGGAAUUGUUUAGAAUGGUUGAAUUUGGUAAUUGUGCAUGUACGCACGCGCACACAAAUAUAUAUAUAUAUAUAUAUAUAUAUGAACUUUAGUUUUGAGAAAAAAACAUUUGAUUAAAAUUGUGAAAUUUGUUGAAACAA